AGUGAUCCAACCUUGAUGUCAUCAUGCUCACGUGUGCAUUUCCAGGUGAGUUGGCUGAUUGAGGACGGGCUCCUGUGGAUUCUGGCCAUGGAUGAAGAGUUGGCGCCUUUGGACUGCCUGCUGCCCUCAGGCAAGCAGAGGAUCUGUCUGAUCAUUCUGAACCAGCCUUUGGAUAAGGACUACUUACACAUCCUCUGGAAUAAAGCUGUCUUGAGGGCAUGUGCUGAUGGAGCUGCCAAUCACCUUUAUAACAUCACUGCUGGAGACCGAGAAAGCUUUCUCCCCGACUAUAUCAGUGGGGAUUUUGAUUCCAUUACUGCCGAGGUCAAAGCUUUCUAUUCAGACAAGGAGUGCAAGCUGAUAGAAACAGAUGACCAGGAUCUAACAGACUUCACCAAGUGUCUUGCAAUCAUGGUGGAGGAAAUUCAGACAAGACAGUUACAGGUGGAUGCCAUAGUGACACUGGGCGGUCUGGCUGGCAGAUUUGACCAGACCAUGGCGUCUGUUGAGACCCUCCACCACGCUCUGUCCAUGACACGACUCCCCCUGUUGAUCAUACAGGGGACUAGCCUGGCGUACCUGCUCAGACCCGGCAGCCACAGACUGGGGGUGAACACAGGCCUGGAGGGCCACUGGUGCAGCCUCAUUCCAGUUGGUGGACCCUGCCAAACAAUUACCUCUGGACUCAAAUGGAACCUGAGUGAUCUUACGACCAGCUGUGUUCUUAAUGAGUUGGCACAGACCAAACUGCCACCAGUACGAGGGAAACCUGGACCUUCUGUCUGCGGGGUGGCAUAA